CAAAAGACUCAUCCGAUUCUCCAAACUGAAGGAAGAAAUUGGUGGCAGAGGAUCGGAAUUUGUAAUCGGAAAAUCGUUACGAUGCCGCCGAAGAAGAUGGGAGUGAACAGCAAAGCGGAGGCCGCUAAGGCACGGAAGAGCGCCACCGAGGCUGAGCGUAAGGAGAAGGAAGCGCGUGACAAGGAGGAGAAGUACUGGCGUGAAGCGGAGGGAGCCAAGUCACGUGCGGCGAAGAAACGCGAGGAGGAAUCGGAGAAACGAGCCGAGGCUGCCGCUCGAAAGGCGGAGGCGCGGCGACUGGCGGAGAUUGAGGAGAAAGAGCUUGAGAAGUCGCUUAAGAAGGUGGAUAAGAAAACAACUAGGGUUGCGAUACCGGUGCCGAAGGUGACGGAGGCGGAGCUGAGGCGGCGGAAGGAGGAGGAGCAAGCUCAGAUCUUGAAGAAGGCGGAGGAGGAUAAACGGAAGCAGAGUCGAACCGCGAAGGAGGAGGAGUAUGAGAAGAUGAUUCUUGUUGAGAAUACUAAUCGUGAUGAUGCAAUAAUAGAGGCUAGGUCAGUCGAGGAAGCGAUUGCACAGAUGUCGGUUGCCGAUAGCUUGCCAGUGGAUAAGCAUCCCGAGAAAAGGCUCAAAGCCUCGUUUAAGGCUUUUGAAGAAGCUGAGCUUCCACAGCUGAAAGCAGAGAAACCUGGUCUCACUCAUACCCAAUAUAAGGAUAUGAUAUGGAAAUUAUGGAAAAAAUCUCCAGAUAAUCCACUUAACCAGGUAGCCGAAAAAUAGGUUGGCCAGACUUCAAUCGAGAUGCUAUAUCCACCUCCAGGAGAGAUUUAUAGAAAAGGAUUGCAGUUUCAUGUAUAGUUGAGGUAACACCUAAUUAAAUUGGAGGUUUAGGUUGUGCACCAUUAUGCAGAGCAUCUGUGAUAUGCCUUUCUCCUAAACCUUGUAUGGUUUGGUUUGAACUUGUUUUCCUUUAAAGAAGUUAAUAAUUCUGUUUGUAGCUCUCGCUAUAUUUAUAUCUCAUUACUACGUAGCGGUAGUUGUUAGUUUUCA